UUAAGGCACUAAAGCGACUUUGUAAAAACAAAAUACCCGCAAGUGAUUUGUGUAGUAUGGAAGACCCUGGAGAUUUAUUAGACACACUGCGAGACGAUGAUGUCAUAUCACCAACAAAUACAACAUUCCUUGUUAAAAUGUUGAAAAAUAAGAAUGUUAGAAUGAAGACACUUGCUGAUAAAGUAAAGAAAUUUACCGACCUAUACAAUAAAAAAUUAGGACAUACCACCAAAGCAACCACAAAUGAUACGUCAUCUAUGGUUGGAAGCAAACGAAAAAGAUCUCCAGAUAACCUAUUUGGGCAGUCAGCGCAACAGAAGAAAAAGUCUACUGGCAGAAAGGGUAUUGUAUCAAGGGAACCUGGACCACGUGACACACAAGGUGACAGUGCCGUUACAGCACAUAUAACACGGGCACAUACAUCAGUAUUAUCUAGCAAACAAUCUGACACCAGAAUCAAAAGAACGAGAUCGGCAGACGCUACAAAUGUUUCAGAGUCAAAGAGGAAACAAGAUACUGAUAAGGAAAUACCAGCAUUCACAAAAAUUCUGAAGGAAAUUAGCGAUGAUCUUUGCUCCUAUGAGGUUGAAGAGAUGAAGAGUCUCCUGAUCGGUAAACAACUGUCACGAAAAGAUGAACAUAAGAUCAAAACUGGAAUGAAUCUAUUUCUUUAUUUACAAAGCACUG